GGUAUAAAAUAGCAUGUAGGUAGUCUAGAAACUGAAUUCAUCAGCAUAGGCUUCAAAUUACCACAUCUUAGACACUUGAAUAUUCGCUUUCCUUAACUUCAAAAUUGCAAUUUCAACUGCCAUCAUAGGCAUCAACAAAAACCAGCUUCAAGAUGGCCCCUGUCAACAAAGCCGCCUCCCUCUCUGAGCCCAAAGCGUACCCGCUAAAGAUUGACUCCUCACCGUAUCCAACUGCUGGAGAUGGAGAAAUCAUCGUCAAAGUAGCCGCCGCUGCCGUCAACCCUAUGGACUGGUACAUCCAGCUCUUGGGAAACGAUCUGUUCAACUGGAUCCAGUAUCCAUACAUUGGAGGUACAGACAUUGCCGGCACAGUAGUCGAGGUUGGUCCCAACGUCAGCAAGUUUAAGGUCGGCGACCGUGUGGUUGGUCUUGCGGGUGGGUUCAAACCUCGAUUCGGCGGCUUCCAGAACUAUGCCGCCCUCGAAGUCAAGACUGUUACGCCGAUCCCCGAUGAUCUAGGCUUUGCUGAAGCCUCCGUCGUGCCUCUUGGAAUAGCCACAGCAGCAUGUGCCCUAUAUCAGAAGGACUUCCUGGCGCUCGACCACCCGAGUCUUAAUCCGAAGCCGAACGGCAAGACAUUGUUGAUCUGGGCGGGCGCCUCCAGUGUCGGGACCAACGCUAUCCAAUUAGCUGUGGCUUCUGGCUACGAGGUAUACACGACAUCGUCGCCCAAGAACUUCGACUACUGUAAGCAACUUGGCGCAGCGCGUGUCUUCGAUUACCACAGUCCGACCAUUACCCAAGACCUCAUAGAAGCCUUCAAGGGCAAGACAUGUGCGGGUGGUUUUGUCAUCCACCAAGGUUCAGAGAAGAUUGUUUUUAAAGUGGUCAGGCAAAGCCAGGGCAACAAAUUUGUAGCGUGUGCGGUGAAUCCCACUAACGUCCCAGAGGGCGUUCAGGCCAAGAUGGUAUUUGCAGGCACGCUCAGGGAUAACGAAGUAGGGCCUCUGAUUUUCGAUCAAUUCCUCCCGGCAGCCCUGUCCCAGAAGAAAUAUCAAUGUCUCCCGAAGCCUUUAGUUGUCGGGCAUGGCCUAGAGCACGUCCAAGUUGCGUUGGACAAAGGAAAAUCCGGCGGCGUGUCGGCUCAGAAACUAGUCGUUACGCUGUAAGGUCCAAGCGCCCUGGCGGACCUUCUGAACCCACUGAAG